AGAAAGCGUAAAAUACAAUUUAUUAAUCUAUUAUUUCUGUGGACGUUGUGUUCUUGAGCAUAAAGUACAAGCACCAUCACAAAGAGCACUUUGAUACUAAUCAGUAUUGAACACCGCUGUCAGACAUCUUCAUGGUGGUGUUUGAUAUGUGUAAAUUUACAGGAAGAUAGAAGACUGCAGAGAACAGGAGAAUAUGUGCAGGACACGUAUCAUAUGGACAGCGUUUGUCUUAACAUGCCAGCUGUGCCUUGUCAGUGAGUAUUUUAUUUGAACAGAAUUCUUUCAUUUUUCCACUCUAGAAUUUUAAUAAGUAUUCUGUUAUGGGGAAAAAAAACACUUUUUUUUUCUUUAAUAUUACACUAAAAGAUGUGAGUAAUUUUUUUGCACUUGAGAUUUUAAACGAACAGCCCCAUACACAGACACUUCCAUACACAGACACAGACACACCCAUACACAAACACUUCCAUACACAGACACAGACACACCCAGACACAGACAAACCCAGACACAGAUGCACAGAUACACAUACACUUCCAUACACAAACACAGACCCACCCAGACACAGACAAACCCAGACACAGAUGCACCCAUACACAGACACACCCAGACACAGACAAACCCAAACACAGAUGCACCCACAGACACUUCCAUACACAGACACAGACACACCCAGACACAGAUGCACCCACACACAGACACUUCCAUACACAGACACAGACACACCCAGACACAGACACACCCAGACACAGAUGCACCCAGACACACAAACAUACAGCUGCUCCUAAAUGGUCAUUUAAAAAAAUAUAUAUUCCUUUACCUGCCUCCAAGUCAUACUAGCUACUUUAACUCUGGCAUCACUUUGUUUUGUUGUAGAACGAUGGCCUCUAAAAGAUGCGCUAUCACAUUUACUGCGAUGCACACAUCACCACAUUCAAAUUAAAACUUAGAGGUUGUUUUUUUUUUAAAAUCACUUCCUUUACCUUCUAUUUUGUUUUAAUCUCUUCAUUUGCUAUCUCUUCCCUUCACCAAAAUCGUCCCUGCAGCAGACGGAGUCAUCAUACGACCGUUCCGGGUCAAUCAGAGCCUGACGGAGACCACCAAACCCCAGCCGCCGGAUCCCAUCGACAACGCCGUCUACCCGAUCUUCUCGGCGUCGACCAGCCGCUUCCAGCCCACGGGCAAGCGUUGCUGUGACAUCGGGCAGCGCGUCGCCAAGAAGAAAAUGGCGUGCGACAUAGCGCUGCUGGCCGUCAUACGCAAAUUCCAGCGGCAGAAGUACAGCGUCCAGCUCUCGAACCGAACCCUGAACAGCAACCAGACGGUCCACAAGAGCAAGCUGUCGGAGAAAAUUUCAAAGUGCUCCGCCGCUUUCCCCAGGGAGUUUGUCAAGUGCUGCAGGGGACAAGAAGAGUUUUUCAAGCAGAGGAAGAAAUGUUUGCUGAAACCGAAGCCCCUCCGCCAGAG